UGAGGCCACAGAAACGAAACAAGCGCGCCAAUGAUCGCACGGAUCCACUAAGAACACCCAAAUAUAGAGCCGACUCUAUAGCGAAAGCAACCCAACUGUGAUACCCAACGAACACACACAUCGCACACCAAGAAUCCCCAAGAUGUCUGCUACCAAGGUGAACCAUUUGAUCGGAGCGACGACGCGUUACAUCGCCGGACGGAAUGCGGUGCAGACGGUCUACUGGCGCACCUCCGCCGGACCCAAUCCCCGGAUACUGAAGACCAACAAGCUGCAGAACUUCGAUCGCUCCCAGAAGGCGCCUCAGAGUGUGCGGAUGCAGAACUACGAUCGCACUUUCAGCCGUGAUUAGGGAAUUGUAUAGUUUCAUUCCGACCUUGACAUGUUCCUAAUGUCGCACUAGACAUAUGUAGUUUUUUUGUGCACUUUGUAUUUAUUAAAUAAGAGUAUUUUCCAAAGCGAUAGUUCUUAUCGUGCGAAUUAGAGUUAAUCGAAUCCAAACGAAGUUGGCGCUACGACUUUUCAUGUACCUUGGCAUUUUAUAUUUGUAAAAAAAAGAAAAGGCAAAGAUUAAAUAAAUGCAUUCUAGCGCGUAGAUAAGAGAA